AUUUCAUAGCCCUCCUGUAAGCGAUGUCCCAUAUUUACAAAUAAAAUUGCAUUGACAUAUUUUCACGUAGAUAUGUCUCAUUUCAGUACCAACAACAUUUAAUUAUGUCAUUUUCCGUAGCGCUCGGUGCUUUGAAGCGAAUCGCCAGCACCACUAUACGCACCCGAACCCUAAUGCUGACACCUACGUUUAAAGCGAAGUCAAAAUAUGCCGUACAUAAUCUAUCUAGCCUCAGGCCUGAGCUGCCGAUGUUUGCGAGGUUCCGUUCCGCAAACAGUUUAUCGGUUCGUGCUAUUGGUUCGACAUCUGCCACAGUGAAGCCAUACGCUUGUGAGUGGCCCAACUGUGGCCAGACAUCUGCCAGUGCUGCCAAUCUGAAAGUACAUAUGCGUGUGCACACGGGCGAACGUCCCUAUGCGUGUGACUAUCCUGGGUGUGGCAUGGAAUUUACUACAAAAGGUAAUUUGAAUAGUCACAAACGCGUGCACACGGGCGAACGUCCCUAUGCGUGUGACUAUCCUGGGUGUAGCAUGGAGUUUACUACAAAAGGUAAUUUGAAAUGUCACAAACGCGUGCACACGGGCGAAUGUCCAUAUGCAUGUGACUAUCCUGGUUGUGGCAUGGAGUUUGCACAAAGUAAUAGUUUGAGAAGACACAAACGCGUGCACACGGGCGAACGUCCCUAUGCAUGUGACUAUCCGGGGUGUGGCAUGGACUUUACUCGAAGAGAGCAUUUAAAAACACACAAACGCGUUCACAUUGGCUAGCACGACUCACUCCACUGAUUAAACAUAAGGCGCUGCAUAGGUGGGGCUAUUCAAUACAUACACGCGACUUUGUUUGUUGCCAUAACACAUUGAUUCUAAAGGUAUUUAUUGGCAUACAUGCCGUUGUAGCAAUGCACGAUUUAUAGACUGUAUAUAUAGUCGUACACUAUUUAUGUAUUCUAUUCACUGUAUUUAUAGACUGUAAAUAUUGUCAUACACUCUAUAAAUAGCCACCCAAAUCAGAC